CCACACUUGAACGUUUGCUUGUCCCAAAGCAAUCUGCUCAAAUCAGUACAAUUUGUAGGGGAAAAAACAAUGGUAUGCACUAAUGGCGCCUAAAAAAUAAUCGAAGUCGGGUAAAGUUUAUUUCCAUCUCUUCGUGCCAUGCACACUCUCAGUUGAGGACCUUGUCAACUAAGAAGGUCUAGACACUUCACGUGUGAGCUGGGGUACUCAAAGAAAACUUGUGAAAAUACAAGGACUCCAUGGUGAUGCUCCCACUUUUCAAAUGAGGACUCAAUUUUUCGAGCCUCAACUUAAACUUGACAUGCACGACACCACACUUUGCAAAUUUGAAAAUCAAGGCAUCUCUUCCUCGUGACCAAGAGAGAAAGGAUCAUUGCGUUCCCAAUCUCAACCCCAUGUGGGAAACAUGAUGGUCUGAUUCAUUGCUCGAGCAACCCUUCCCAACAUGCACUCCAUGUCUCAACGAUAGAUGGGUUUCCACACAUGUCGGGUGCAAACGAUAGUCGAGGUCUCGUGACUCACUUAAAGGCACACUAUCUCCUCUCCAUACAAGUCUGUGAGGAGGUGAGGUGUUUGGGGGAUGGAAGGUAGUGAAAGAUUAUUGGAAUGCUAGAAAGCUAUCCGAACCCCAAACACAUCCUCAAUUGGCACUUUGAACAGAGAGAAGAGCCCUUCGACGACUCAACUCAAACAUUAUGUCGGUUGCCUCUCAUGUCGGAACAUCAAUUUUCAAAAUAUUUUUUCAAAUUGGAGCACCUUUUGCAACGCAUUUCAGAGUACUAAACUGGGGAGUCCUACACACAUGUCCUAACCUCCAUAACAGACAAUUUCACGCAACCGAGAGGAAAUCGAUGUGAAGUCACUCAUUAUCAAGAAUUUUCAUAGAACCAAACUAUUCCCUAUAGUGCACACCAUCAUAAUCAUAAAACAAUUCAAAGCACACUGAGCAAGAUCAUGCUAGGUACAAUUGUGAUUGGAACCCCUAAAAUUUUCAAUUUCAUAAAACAAUUCAAAACACAUCUCAAUAUUGGUUGCACUCCUUGUAGCUCUCAUGCGUGAAGAGGAACCCCGCAAUUUCCUCCAACCUUUCAACGACCCAAGGUGGCGUGCUGCCAUGACUAAGGAGAUUUUGGCCCUCGAGGCGAAUGGCACAUGGGCUUUGGUUCAUCUUCCACCUAGUAAACGAGUUAUCCUGUCAAAGUGGUUGUACAAAAUCAAGUACUACCCUGACUGCAGCAUCGAGCACUUUAAAGCGUGUUUGGUCGCUAAGGGUUAUACGCAUAUCGAAGGCUUGGAAUUUCAUGAUACAUUUCCUCUGUUGCUAAACUGGUCAUGGUUCGGUAUCUUAUUGUCGUGGUAGUAAGCAAAGGUUGGCAUCUAAACCAACUCGACGUCAAUAAUGCCUUUCUCCAUGGAGACCUUGAUGAAGAAGUUUAUAUGGAAAUUCCACAUGGAUUUCAACAACCAGGAGACACACGAGUUUAUCGCCUUCGCAAGUCCCUCUACGACCUUGAAUAGGCCUCUCCAAAUUAUAUCAGAGAUUCACUACUACUCUGGUGGAGUUUGGAAUCGUUCGUCUCCUACGGAUGUUGCUUUAUUUAUCUAUCAUUGGGGAUCACAUUUGUGACCGCACUCAUAUACGUGGACGAUGUGUUGUUAGCUGGGAAUAAUCUACCUUUCAUUUCCCUGGUCAAGCAUUUCCUUGAUGACCGUUUCAGUAUCAAGGAUCUUGGGCCCUUAAGUUAUUUUCUUCGCAUCGAGGUUGCUCGGAUAGCCACUGGCGCUGUGCUUAGUUAGCGCAAGUAUACUCUUGAUAUUUUGGAGGACGCUGGUGUUUAGGUUUCGCGCUCGAGUGCAUUCCCUGUUAAGCAGAACCACCAGCUCACUCGUCCCUCUGAGGAGAUCUUAUCUGAUCCAUUGCAGUAUCGUCAAUUAGUGGGUCUCCUAUUAUAUCUUACCAUUACGCGGCCUGAAAUUACCUAUGUCGUGAAGAUUCUUAGCCGUUUUUUUCAUGCUCCCAAUCAUAUGCAUUUGGAUGUUUCUUUCCAUGUGCUCAGAUAUCUUAAGUCUUCUUCUGGCCAGAGUAUUUUUCUCCCGGCUGAUAAUCCUCUCCAACUCAUCUCCUACUGCGACGCGAACUAGGGCGGGUGCAGAUUACCAGGCGGUCCACCAUACGGUAUUUCAUCACUUUGGGUGGCACCCCUAUUUUGUGGUGUACCAAGCAACGUGUUGUUGCUCGCUCAACUGCAGAAGCUGAGUAUCGAGCCAUGGUCAGUAAUAUUAGUGAGAUCAUAUCGCUUCGUUGGUUGCUUGGUGAACUUGGUUUCCCACAUCAUACAUCGACUCCUCUGCGUUGUGACAACCAGGCCACUCUCCACAUUGCUAAUAAUUCGGUCUUUCAUGAGCGGACCAAACAUGUGAAGAUGGACUACUACUUUUUCGUUCGUGAAUGUGUGCAGGAUGGUCAUAUCCCUCCUAUCAAUGUCAGCUCCGAGCUCCAGCUUGCUGAUCUCUUCACCAAAGGUCUUGGUGCCGAUAGGUUUUGCUUUCUUCUCUCCAAGCUACACGUUCGUGACCUUCACGCUCCAGCUUGCGGGGGAGUAACGGACCGAGGCUCACGUGAUGACGAGGAGGACGUGACGCUAGGCCCACGUCCAUAGCAUGCAGCCCAUGCAGCCGUAUGUCUCGUAUUUGAUUCGGCCACUUAUUCUCACGAUGUAACCCUAAUUGAUAUUGAUGUAAUAGGGCAUAUAAAGGAGGCUUGUAUUAUCAAGCCGCUAAAUCAAUAAGAAAUCGGAGUACUCUCCCGUGGAUGUAUGCAUCACACAAUAUGCGGAAGAACCAUGUAAAAUCAAGUGUCUCUUUACUUUUCCGCACAAUUUUACAACCUGUGUCCUCAAUGAUGAUGUACUUGAAGAGAUAAGAGCUUAAAAUUAUUCAAGGAAGAGGACGCUUCGACGAUGAUGGGGAGCUGCGAAGCGGCAAACAAAGUUUCUUUGAGGUUUUGGGCAAAUGGAUUGAUUACGUUCCUUGAUGGAGCUAGACGGGAAAUGAUGGAGAGGGAGGCGACGUCUAAAAUUGGUGAAUGCGGCAGUGUGGUGGGUUCAAGAUUGAAGGGAUGCGGUGAAACACCGCCGACAAUGACAUCGAGUGAACAACAGUCAGCUUUGUUCGGAGGCAACGGAGUCGCGGUGGCUUUUGGGAGUUUCGAAUCUCCGAAUAAAUGGAUCUGCUGAAAAUUGAACAGUUUAGGUUACUGGAUUGUUAAUGGAUCCAUGACUCCAUGGAUUAAUUGGAUUUGGAUCAAUUUAAAUGGAUUUGGAUCCAAUUUAAAUGGAUUGAAUCCGAUCGGAUUGGUGGUUUGGAUCAUUAUUGCCACCUCUAAUAAUAAUAAUGCAGCAACAGUAGGUAGAUAUCCUACAGACCUACACCACCAAUAUCAAAUGUCAUGCGUCAUCUUAUCUAAUCUUAUCCAUUCUCCUAACCCUUAAUGUCAAACCCUCCACGGAAAUAAACCCCACUAAGACCAAUUCAAUACAAUCAAUCACUGCAUUGCACUUUAUACUUUAUAGUUUAUUGGGUAAUUAGCAUAAACAGUCACACAACUAUUCACUUUGUACAAAACGGUCACUAAACUUCAAAUUUUCACGUUUCAGUGAAACAUGUUUGGACUAAUACCAAAUCGGUCAAUCCGUCUAGUGGGUACAAUCAGCACUCCAUGUCAUCAAAUAAAUGAAUAAACAAAUAACAUAACCAACCAGCAAACCCUAACCGAACCAACUCCAAACCAACUCAAGCCAACCCGACCUGGACAUAUACCUAUGAGAAUAGAAUAGAUCCCCAAUCAAGACAACAGGCAUAAAAUCUGUUUCCCCUCUUCUCUAAACCUAAUAUAUUUCCUCUUCUCUAAAGGCUAUGAUCAGCCAUGAGCUCCCUACCUACGUGCAAGUGCCUGGAGAGAGUUGUCUUGCUAACGUCAUGGACUGAAGAUAAUCUGGGUAGAAGGUUCCUCCGUUGUAAGAGAAAAUAUUUGGUAAGCAUGAGCAAUUAGUUUGAUUUUUGCAGUAUUUAUGGGCAGCUUUGGUAACCAUCCUCCCCUUUUUCAUCUUACCUAGAAACAUCCCCACCAUUGCGAUUUCUUUGAGUGGGUAGAUCCUCUUGUUGAAGUUAGGGCAAGAAUUUUCAUCAAUGGGAUUUUGAGGAAGAUUAACAACAUGGAGAGAAAAGCAAGGGAAGAGAGUCAGCUGGAGUGCAACUCACAGCAGAGUGCCACUGCUUCUUUUACAUCUACUGCACGAAACGAUCUCCAACCGAUAAUGGGCAACCGAAAUGAAGAUCUCCUUGCCCGGAUGAUGAAUUUAAUUUACGUAGUAAUUUUUGUGAGUGUAGGAAUCGUCGUUGGCAGAUAUUUGUAAGAUGAAAUGGAUUAUCUUUGUUGAAUUUGUGGUUGUAAACCCUGUGUUUGGAUCUGUAAUUCGUAAUGGCAAUGAUUGUGUUGUGUUUCAACCAUGAUAGUCGAUGGUGACAUAUCUUUCACGUCGGUAACAAAACGGUCAUAGAACA